AUAUGAUAACCGAUGUCUUCGCUACUUCAAAGGACAUAAAGAGAGAGUUGUUUCCCUCUGCAUGGCUCCGGUGAAGGAUAGCUUCAUGUCAGGCUCUCUUGACCACAGUGUGAGGAUUUGGGAUCUCCGUGUAAAUGCCUGUCAGGGAAUUUUACACCUACGUGGUAGACCUACUGUUGCACAUGACCAGCAAGGCCUUGUAUUUGCUGUGGCUAUGGAAGGAGGAGCUAUUAAAUUGUUUGAUUCACGCUCCUACGACAAGGGGUCCUUCGAUACAUUUUUAGUCGGCGGAGACACAGCUGAGGUUUGCGAUAUCAAAUUCAGCAACGAUGGCAAAUCAGUGCUAUUGACAACCACGAAUAACAACAUUUACGUUCUUGAUGCAUAUGGAGGAGAGAAGGUUAGUUACCCUACUUAAACCAGUUCUACACCAGAAGUUGUUUGCUGAAAGGCCCCAGCUCACCUUUUUCUUUAGAUUUGGUUUCUAUCUUAUACAAUGUCUUGAUUUAGUACUUAGAUGCAAAACUUGUGCAGCAAUGUUGGUUCAGUUUAGAACCGUCUCCCAAUACAACUAUAGAGGCAACCAUUACUCCGGAUGGUCAG